AACUCGUAGAUUAUAUAGCUAAUGAUAAUAUACUUUUUUCUAACAUUUUUGCAUUAUAAAUUUGGAAACAUGGCGGAGCAUAACACAUCUUUUUUUCGCUAAUUACUUUUACAAAUGAGCCAGUGAUAUUAAAAAUUUCAUUCAUACCGUGUAUCAUUGACCUCAAUCAUAAUAAUUGACGGAGCAUCAAAAACCACACACAAUAUCCGUAGUCGGCAGAUAGCCAGGCAUAAAGUUGUCGGUUGCACUUGAAAGUGUGAUAUCAGGAGUUCCGGUGGAGAUAUCAAUGCGUCAGGAUAUGCAUUGACCAAUCAUCGCCCUUGAUGCACUAGAAGCGGAAAACCAUUGUAAGCAUUCACUAUUUAGGAUAUGCACAUAGAGCAGUUAGAUGCAGUCAGAAACAAUGGAAGAGAACAAACGAGUGGUUCAACCAUUUAAGUCUUUAGAAGAUCUCUACAGUAAGAUCGAUAAACUAGAAUAUUGGUCUGGGAUUAUCAGUUUACGUAAAUCAACAGACUAUGUGUAUCAAGGUACAGAUAUCGAUGCACAAAUCGAUAGACCAAGAAGGUUACAAAGAGACAGUGUUCCCAAAACAAUAGUGUGCCAUGAUUUGAUGGGAGGAUAUCUAGAAGAUAAGUUUAUAGAUGGAUCUAAUGUAAAUGCUUCAUACCACUUUUAUCACUGGAGCAUUGUUGAUACUUUUAUAUACUUUAGUCAUUAUUUUGUGACGGUACCACCUUUUGGAUGGAUCAAUGCAGCUCAUAAGCACGGUGUCAAAAUUUUGGGCACACUGAUCACCGAGGGUACAGGAAGUCAGGCAAUAUGGGAUGAAAUACUUAAAAGCCGGAAUAGCAUAAUCAAAUUUGCCGAUGCCCUGGUACAACUGGCUCAGUUUUACAAAUUUGAAGGCUGGCUUUUAAAUAUUGAAAACGAAAUAAAUGAGGCAGAUAUCACCAAACUCACAUUCUUUAUUCAAUACUUGACUGAAAAUAUACAUCAGAAAAUAGAAGACUCUGAAAUUAUUUGGUAUGAUAGUGUAAUUAACACUGGAAAACUGAUAUGGCAGAAUGAACUUAAUGACAAAAAUCAGUGCUUUUUUGACAGUUGUGAUGGGAUUUUUUUGAACUACAACUGGAGUGAUUCAGGUUUAAUAGAAAGUGCUAAGCGUGCCAAGAAUACCGACAGAGUAAAGGACAUUUACGUAGGAUUAGACGUUUGGGGACGGGGUUGUCCUGGGGGAGGAGGCUUCAACUCAGCUUACGCACUGGGAAAGAUACGAAAUCAAGGACUGUCUGCAGCCAUAUUUGCUCCUGCUUGGACCUUUGAGUACUUUGGACCCGAAACGUUUCCUCGAGUAGAAAAUAUCUUCUGGGCUCAGCUCAUGGAAUAUCUGUACAUACAUGUUCCUAUUUAUGAAAAUGAACGCUUUGUCACGACGUUUUGUCGAGGAGCUGGCGAGAAGUACUACGAGUUUGGAACGCAAAUAACGUUUUACGAUCCGGAGACAAAAGCAACGGUUCUGACCAACAGUUCUUUCUACAAUAUGUCAAUGCAAAGGCAUCAAAUGAUAGCAGCGUGUCCGCAUUUGAAGUUUAUCUCGAUAAAAUUAUUGCCAGCAGUUCAAAAAGAUGACAAAUUAAAGCCGGAACCUCAGUUGUGUACUUACGAGACUUGGCACGAGAUCGUCAAAGUUCUUGGGAAAAGAAUCACUUUCGAUGAUAAGCCGGACUCUUACGCUGGUAUCAAUUGUACGCAAUUUUCUUACGACCUUUCUUACGAAGGAGGCGGGUGUCUCAAGAUUAUCACUAGGAAUAUUCGAUCGUACCACAGAUUAUUCUUCGUGUACGUCGGAUUUUCGAGGGAAAUCCAAGCUCGCGUUAUCUACCGAAACUGCAAUACCGACUCAGGAGACGACGAUAAAAGCAGUUUAGUAUUAUUACUUGGAAACGGCUAUGGGGUGACGUCCUACUUGCCCAGGGAUACCAUACAGUAUGGAUUAGGAUGGAAAAUGAGUAUUUUCCAUACGAACGUAAGGACAACCCACGAGAUCGGCGUGGGCCUAACACACGUAGGAAGCUGUUACAUAGGAAAGAUCAUCCUCGAAGAAACCAGGCGUCCUCGUCACAUGUAAUCCUGCAUCUAGUUCCUCGUGUAACUUGAUUGUUCGAGUACUGUAACGCAAACCUCGCGAUAGCGUAACGACAAAAAUCGAUUUUUAAAGAUCGCUGAGAACCGUUACAGUGUCGCUUGCACAGAAAACAGAUAACGUUCGUCGCUACUUUUUAGUCAUCGACCGUGACCCGAUUGCCUUUAACGAUUAAAAAUUCGCUCAUUUUUUUCACUACCGAUCGAAAAACAUAAUACGAGUAUAACACCCGCGUCGUAUUACGCCGACAAGCUCGAAAAAAAAACUUCAUCGGCAUAAUACCUGCCUACAGAUAUACACUCUCGCGCAGAGCCUGCGGUGCAUUAUCGCGAGGUCGGGAAUCGCGCGGCGCGGUGAAAGGAAGACCGAGCGGUUCGCCGCUAUAAAUCGGCCGCCGCAGAUAUAGGUUCGCGAAACGUCGAUCGAGCGCUGCUGCUGCGAACGAUAGGGACUGUAUGAUUCGUUUUCCGGUUCUCUAAUGAAAAGAUAGCAGUAGGAGGCCAAGGCUCGUUUUCGGCUGGAACGGUGACGUCGUUUUUUAUUUUGUUCUCGUUUUGACCAGAGGAUGUUGUUGUUGUGUAUGCGUAUAUAUUAUAUUAUAUAGAUCGUCUGACCCGAGCGCGUUAUAUUUUUGUAUAUCGUAAGUUUAUAGACCGGGUACAGCGAAUUAUGGCUUUAUUGAAUAACUUUAUAUAGCUUUAUUAUGAUGUAACGAUUUCGUACUGCUUUUAUACCCAUUGUGUACCGUGCGCUCUCGAGCGUGAAUAUUGUAACGCGUAUAAAUAUUGAAUUUUGAAUAAACCUGUAUGCAAUAAGUAAAAA